UGCGGGACCCACGUGUGUUUCUGAUCGCGUUCAUUCAUCGCAGCAGCUUUAUAGAAGUUUGAUGUGAUACAAAUAUUAUUACUAAUCAUAAUUACAUUGAUUAUAGAUCAUAAUGAUUAAAGAGAACCGCUGGAAUAUUCCCGUGAACGCUCCGGCGUGUAUGGAGAGACAUUUAGAUGCUGUGGAUUACAGAAGCGAUGGCACAUUGCUGUUGGCGGCGUCCAAUCUGUCGGGUCGCUGCUGGCAGGGCUCAGUGUGGGUGUACAGUGACCCUAAAGUCGCCCCGAGUGAGGGCUUCUGUAAGACAGGAGUGCAGACUGAAGCUGGAGUCACUGACGCUUGCUGGAUAUCCGACAGAGCCGUGCUGCUCGCGUCAGACGCCGGUUCAGUUGAAUUAUGGGAGCUGUCUGAAGACGAGCGUCUGCUGGUGAACCGCUUCACUCGUGAUGAACACGAUGAUGUGGUGACGGCGGUCGGUGUGACUGCGGGGCGACAGCACGCCGUGAGCUGCAGUAUGGACAGCAGAAUCAAAGUGUGGGAUCUGAACCAGGAGACUGUGAUCAGCUCUUAUAACGCUCACUCUCUGCCGGUCACUUCUGUGUCAUGUUCUCCACUGGACGAGUCUCUCUUCCUGUCCUGUGCUCAGGACGGCCGACUGCUGAUGUGGGACAGACGCAAACCCAAACCAGCAACACGCCUGGACGUGGUUUCCCCAAGCUGCUGUCCGACGGCUGUCGCCUGGCACCCUCAUCAGAGCAGCACCAUUGCAUACGGCGAUGAAUUGGGGCGAGUGACUGUGAAAGAUCUGCAGGCGUCGGACGGCGAACAGACGAAAAACAUUCACACUCGCCGAGUUUCUAGACUGGCGUUCUCAUCGGACAGUUCCCCCCUUCUGGCCUCUAUCAGCGAUGAUUGCUCCGUUGCCGUGGUGACUGCGGAACUGAGAGAAAUUUUCAGGGACAGACGACACCAGGAUUUUGUGCGAGGUGUGUGUUGGGUUCCGGGCGGGUCGGGCGUGUUGACCACUGUCGGUUGGGACCAUCAGGUGCUUCAUCACAGUCCCACUCAGCAAACAUCAGCAUCUUAGAGCAUCAUCAAA